AUGUCUGCCUAUUACAGGAAUAAUGGGUAUGAGGAAGAGCCAGAUUACCCUGAUUAUUCAGGCUCUCAGAAUCACAUGCAGGGGUAUUUGAAAACUCAGGAGUAUCCAGGUUCUCUGAACAACUCAGCUUUCUCCAAAACCAGGAGGAACCCAUACUCUGCAGACUCCAGAACAAGUCCAGACUAUCCCAGGUCCCUAGCAGAACCAGAUUAUCCUGGAUCUUUGAGUAAUCCAGACUAUCCUGGCAUCAGAGACGAUCCGUACUCUGCAAGCUCCAGAAGACAUCCAAGCUAUCCCAGGACUCUAGCAGAACCAGAUUACCCCGGGUCUCAGAAUAAUCCGGACUACCCUGGCACCAGGAGCAAUCCAUACGCUGAAGACUCCAGAAGAAGUCCAGACUACCCCACAUCUCUGGCAAAGCCAGAUGCAUCUUGGAGCAAUCCAUACCGUCCAUACUCAUCCAAAGAGCCAGGCUACUCUGAAUCCCAGCAAAAUCCUGACUUUGCAGGUUCCGGAAACAGUGGAAACUAUGUGGGCUCCAGAACAAAUCCUGAUUAUCCUGGAUUCUUGGGAGAACCAGACUAUCCUGGGGCUCAGGGAAAUGCUCCCCAUCCUGGCCCCGGAGCCAGUUCCAACUAUCCAGGCUCUAGAAGGAAUGGAGGAUAUGCUGGUUCCAGAAUCAAACCAUCCAUAGACACUCUGGGAGAGCCUGAUUACCCGGGUGCUGAGAAUCCAUCUUACGCUCCACACUUUUUAGAGAAACCAGACUAUCCCGGUGCUGAGGACGACCAGAACUCUCCAAAUUUUUGGGGGGAGCCUGACUACCCAAAUGCUGAAGAUGGUCGUGAUUAUGGCUCUUCCAAGACUCCGGAAAUGCCGAGGGAAUUGCUCAGCAGAACAUCGUCAGUCCAUCAUGGGCGGGUCAGCCCCGUGGGCUUGCUCACAAGGCAGAAUGAAGACUAUUCUGAAAACAUUGAAAUGCAAUCCAUCGAGAUGGAAAAUCCCUAUGGCCACUCUGAUAACGGCUACGUGAACCCUGCUUAUGUGGAUGAAAGUAUCCCUGGCCCAACUUAUGGAAACUCACCAUCUGGAGGCGACUGGUUUAAGACACCCCAAGGACAAAAGUUAAUCGCAUCUCUGAUACCCAUGACAUCCAGAGACAGAAUUAAAGCCAUCCGGAAUCAGCCGAGGACCAUGGAAGAGAAAAGGAAGCUUCGGAGAAUGGUUGACAAAGAGAAAAGUAAGCAGUCCCGUCGUAUCUUUGAGCUCAACUGCUGCAACCAGUGUUUGAAUUCCAUCUCCCUGGCCUACCGGAGAUCCAAGAACAUCCUGUCGGAGCUGCUCAGUUCCGUCAGCCUGUGGCAGAAGACGCUCAAGAUCAUCGGAGGCAAGUUUGGAACCAGCGUCCUGUCCUACUUCAACUUUCUGAGGUGGCUUCUGAAGUUCAACGUCUUCUCAUUCAUCGUGACCUUCAGCUUCGUCACGAUCCCUCAGUUCACCGUGGGCGGAAACAACACCUUCCCGUUCACAGGACUGGAAUUUUUCACGGGAGCGGAUUAUUUUACUGACACGGUGAUGUACUAUGGCUUUUAUACCAAUUCUACAAUCCAGCUUCGGAGCGGUGGGGCAUCCUACAACAUGCAGCUGGCCUACAUCUUCACCGUCGCAGCCUGUCUCAUCAUCUGCUUCUUCAGUUUGCUGUUCAGCAUGGCCAAGUAUUUCCGGAACAACUUCAUUAAUCCCCACAUUUACUCCAGAGGGAUCGCUAAACUUAUUUUUUGCUGGGACUUCACCAUCACCCACGAAAAAGCUGUGAAGCUGAAACAGAAGAAUCUGAGCACUGAGAUAAAGGAGAAUCUGUCAGAAAUCCUUCAGGAGAACGACAAGCUAACGCUGAGUCAGCAUCUGACCCGCUUGUUUGUCCAUCUGGUAGCCUGGGUUGUCUCCACCGGAAUGGCCAUUGCCUGCUGUGCGGCUGUUUAUUACCUGGCUGAGAACAACUUAGAGUUCAUGAAGAGCCAGAAGAACCCCGGGGCGAUGCUGUUACUGCCUUUCGUCGUGUCCUGCAUCAACCUGGCGGUGCCUCGCUUCUACUCCAUGUUCGGGCUGGUGGAGCACUACGAGAUCCCGCGGCAGGAAGUGUAUGUCCUCCUGAUCCGAAACAUCUUUUUGAAAAUAUCUAUCAUUGGAAUUCUUUGUUACUAUUGGCUCAACAUUGUGGCCCCGGCUGAUGAAAAGUGUUGGGAAACGAUGAUUGGCCAAGAAAUCUACCGGCUCCUUCUGAUGGAUUUUGUGUUCUCUCUGGUUGAUUCCUUCCUGGGGGAGUUCCUGAGGAGAAUCAUUGGGACUCAGCUUAUCACAAGCCUUGGCUUACAGGAGUUUGACAUUGCCAGGAACGUCCUAGAACUGAUCUAUGCACAAACGCUGGUGUGGAUUGGAACAUUCUUCUGCCCUCUGCUGCCCUUUAUCCAAAUGAUUACUCUUUUCAUCAUGUUUUACGUCAAAAAUAUCAGCCUGAGGAUGAAUUUCCAGCCUCCAAGCAAAGCCUGGCGGGCCUCACAGAUGAUGACUUUCUUCAUCUUCCUGCUCUUUUUCCCGUCCUUCACUGGGGUCCUGAGCACCAUGGCUAUCACCAUCUGGAGAUUGAAACCGUCAGCCAAUUGUGGCCCGUUCAGAGGAUUGCCCUUCUUCAUUUACUCCAUUUACGGCUGGAUCGACUCCCUGAGCAACAGCCCCAGCUCCGCGUGGGUGGUUUGGAUCUACCGGAACCUCAUCGGCAGCGUGCACUUCUUUUUCAUCCUCACCCUCAUCGUGUUAAUCAUCACCUAUCUUUACUGGCAGAUCACAGAGGGAAGGAAGGUUAUGAUCAAGCUGCUCCAUGAACAGAUCAUUAAUGAGGGCAAAGACAAAAUGUUCCUGAUAGAAAAGUUGAGUAAGCUGCAGGAAACAGAUAAGAGAGCAAACCCCAGCUCACUCACACCGGGAAGGACAGACGUGAAGGAGCCAGGCCCUCUGUACGGCAGGGAACACAAAGCUGCUCAUGACCUGCGAUUCAGGAGGUCAGUUCAAGAACAUAGUCCAAAGGCUUGA